CGACGACACCGCAGGGGGGGCGCCGCAGGCGCGGCCGAGCUCGACGCCGUGCGGUGCCCGGGCGCGGCCGGCGGGCGCGGGCGCGGGCGGUCGGCCGGCGUCGGCGUGCGGGUUGCUGCCUGCUGCGGAGCGCGGCAGCGACGGCGGCGGCGGCACGACGCGGCGGCCGCCGUCGCCGGCGCAGCUGCGGGCCAGUUGCCCGGCCGCCUCGCGGCCCGGCAGCCCCUCGGCCUGCCGACUCACCAACUCACGCGAUCGCGAGCGCUUGCACCAGUCGCUGCAGCUGCCGGGCUCGCCGCCCGUUGGCGGCCUGCGGCGCGGCACGGGCGGCGCCCCCACAUCGCGGGCGCCGGCGUCGGAAUCGUACGUGCUCUG